CAGAUCCAUUGCGAUUACGACAGCCACAGCGGACACGACAUCGGCAUCAGUGGGAUCAUGGCGGCGCCCGUAGACAUGGAACUUCGAAAGGCGUUCCAAGAGCUGCAAGUGAAAAUGAUCGACACUACACGCCGAUUGAAGAUGGCAGACAUGCAAAUUGACUCCUUGAAGAAUGUCAUUCAAGGUGCAUACCUAACUGGUGAAGCACUUUCCGAAGCUCCUGCUGAUACCAAGAUGUUUGUAUCUGUCGGUCGAAUGUUCAUUGUGUCCAGCUCGCCAGAUGUGAAGAAGACAUUAGAUGACAAGAUAAAGACAAACAGUGAAAAGAUAAAAAAUCUUGAAACUAACAAGGCAUACCUGGAGAGGAGCUUGAAGGAAUCUGAAAACAAUCUCAGGGAAAUGAUUAUUCAGAAGCAGAGUAUGCAGUGAGAUUUAAAAUUGAUUAGAAAUCAUCAGUUUACACUCACUAUCCACCUCUCAGGACAUAAUGAUUGCUUCAUCUUUCCCUGCUCAUUUUCUUUUGUGAGUUUUGCUGCGGAAUAAUCACGCAUCGGAUUUCCUUGUUGUGUAUAAGACUUCUUUGAUGGUGCUGCCUUUCAAUCCUAGAAAUUAUAGUUUAAUUGAGGUGCACUGGCGUUCAGGUAUAAGGUAUCAUCACGGUCUUCAUCUUUCCGCAGCAUUGAAUGAUGAAAUUGAAUGCAUUGUGCGUCUGAACUUUUACAGUGAAUCUGUUGUACUGGCCAAGCAUUCUAGAAGAUUUGUCACCCUUUAGAAUUUCACUGAGGAUUAAAUAUUUGUACACUGGA